AUGCGUGAUGAUGUUUUGUCACAGCAGAAGCGACAUUCAAUGAAUGAAUUACGUUUUCAACACACAUCCGUUCAUCGACAACAGUCAUUGGAACCAAAUUCUUUGCAAGUGUUGAUAGAUCAUAACAAGGAAACGUUAAUGAAAGGUCAGACACGAUCCGAUAUGAAUAAUCGCGCAUUAGAUUCUAAUCAUGAAAUCUUUGAAAAAUCUAAUUUUAUUGCUAAUGAAUCACUUGAUUUAUCAAAUAACAAAGAAAUUUCAGGUGAAACGAAUUUGAUAGAGGAGAAUAAUCUAGGAAAGAAUACAUUGGAUCAAAAUCAACAAGUUUUAGAAAAGUCGAUAUCCUUUGCCAACGAUGAAACAUCGGCAAUCAUAAGUUCUUUAGAUCAUAACAAGGACAUAAAAUCAUCUAACGAAUUCGCCGAAAAAAUCGAUAAUGAUGAAGGUUCAUCAUAUCGUCCAUUUAUUCCAACCGAGGGAAGAGAUAUUAAUGAUAUAUGGAGUGAUUACAACAACCUCACUCAAGAACAAUUUAAAACUAUGACAAUAAAAGAUUUUCAAUCACAUCAUUACCUUCUAACUUUGAUGCUGAACCAAGAAGUCGGAUUACCUCUUUCUUAUUAA